UUUACUCUGGUAUAUAGACAAUGCAGUAUUGUAGUAAUCUUAACGUAGACUUAGUGAGGAUAAAAAUACCAUUGUGACCCCUAACAAGCUGGAACAUUCCGAGAAAAUUCAGUUAUGUAUGAAAGAGCCUGCACAAGCCUUAGUUAGUUAUUGAGUUUGUGGAUUUUCAGUCGUGUGUAACUACAACAUAUGUACCGAAAUGGGUGAAAUGGCUGAUAUUGGUAUCGCAAUAUUAAUAGUAUAAUAAUUAAUAUUUGUGUGUAUCACAAUAUAUGUGUGAAGUCACUCAUAAAUUGGUGAUGAAAGCAAUGAACAAAUCUGUUCUCAUUAGUUAAAUUAAAAAAAGGACUCAUGUAGAGUCAGCACUAUUCAUUCAUCACUUGAUAAGCAAUGUGGUUUUUUGUUUGCUGUGACUAAAAAACUGGUAAGAAGACCUUGAGUUCAACUGAUUUUUUUUUCUUAAACUCUAAAGGUUUACUAUUGCUCCAAGACUUUAUCUAAACCUCAAACCAAAAUAUAGAUGAAAAGAAUGUGACGAUAGCAGAGGGAAACUCAUGUGUGGAGAUAAAGGGGUCACUGUGUCUGAAGAUUUGAGGUUUAUACUCCUGUAAUCUUAUGAAGAAUGUAGGCCGCUUACAGGGUAAUGAGGGAUUUCCCAAAUUCUUGGUUUUUUUCACAUGGAAUUUCCAGCACCGUGAUGAAAAGAUUCUGCUCAUGAUUCUUGUGCAAAAAUUCCAGUUUUUCCGCCUGACUCUGUGGUUUGUAUGUCAGCGAUUCAGACAAGCCUGGAGGCAGAUGUUUAAACCAGCAAUUCAUAAUUAAAGAAUGGAGGUCAGAUAUGAUCUUCUACUGUGUUCUAAGACUGAGUUUACAAAUAACUUGAAACCAGAGGUAGUGCUGUCAGAUCUAACAAACUUUACACUUAAAGCUGUGUUGAGUUGUAAUCUUAAUACAGAUUCAAAAAUUGGAAGAAUUCAAAACUUGUCUUUCCUGCUUCAAAGAUCCACUGUAAAUGAUUUUAAAUGAUUUCAACUUAGAAAGCAUGUUUCCUCGCUACCUUAAAAAUAUAAGGUAACUGCACUACAGUUGAAAAAUUAAUUCAAAGCAUCUUAUGAGUAGUGAAAGGGUAAAACCAGCUGAGUUUAAUUUCAGUUAAGUCAACUCAGCCGCUUCAAUUUAUGGUAUACAUUGUGUUAAAUGAUUUUACACAAUGUAUACCAUAAAUUGCAGUGUUUACAAUGUGCUAAUUGCAUUUCUUCAAAUCACAAUCUUGAUUUGAAAUUGAUUGUUUCUUCCUUCAUUACACAUCUUAAUUUAGUUAUUAGGAGAAAACAAAACACAUACAGCUAUUAUUAAUUCAGAUUCAAAUCACUUUUACUGGCUUUUCAUAUUGUAGCUGUUUAUGUUAUUUUGGAUUGACAGUAAGUUUGGUCUCCCAACUGUAACCUCAAACAUUAAAUCAACUGAACUGAACAUUAUGCACAUCUGAAGGUAGGUUUUACUGCAAAAUUAUUGUAUUAUGUUACAUUUGUUUCAGAUGUUUUCUACUAGCAGGCAUCACAGAUAAUGGAGUUUACAUGAUUUCCUGCCUUAUCCUGUUUUUUCACCGUUAGCUGCCUCCUUGUUUGCAUGUAAACAUGCCUGAAGGAUUUCAAUUCACAUCUAAGUUUAACUUCUCAAACGCUUGUAAUGUUUAUUAUGAGCAUCCUUAAAUGUUUAUUUCACUAUUCUUGUUAGGUUCUCAAUAAGUGAAGGCAUCCAGGUGGAUUGCUUACGCAAGGAACCAAUGGAGAGUAAAAGUUCAGGACCUUCAUGCUCUGGCCUCAAUCUGGUCGCACACCCACGGGCAAAAAGCAAAGUCUGGAAGUACUUUGGCUUUGACACAGAUGCAGAUGGCUGCAUAUUACACUGGAAACGGAUUUACUGUCGCGUAUGUAUGAGCCAAAUCGCGUAUUCUGGGAACACCUCCAACCUGUCUUACCACCUUGAAAAGAAUCACCCCGUAGAGUUCAGUGAGUUUGUGAAAAGCAACACAGAUCAGAUGCGUGAGGCGUUCGCCACAGCAUUCUCCAGAAUAAAGACUGAGCCCACAAGUCUACAUGCACAGCAGCAAUCCCAAGACAUAAACUUGAGGCAGAGCUUAGAUUAUGAAAAUAGACGACACAAUGACCUGACAAUAGCUAUCGUCAACUUCAUCUGUGAGGGUUUGUAUCCUGCAUCUAUUGUUGAAGAGCCUACUUUCAAGACCCUAAUGAGUACUGUCGACCCUGGAUAUUCUCCUCCCAGCAAAAGCGACCUUGCAGUUAAAAUGGUUCCUCAGAUGUAUUGCCGUACUCGUGAUACGGUCUUUAGUGAGCUUGCUGGGGUUGUGAACUGUGGCGUUACUACAGAUCUCUGGCAAAGCCAAACCCAGAAUAGAACAUACAUUUCACUCUCUAUGCAUUCAGUCAAUUACAGUUGUGCAACCGGCUUCUCGAUGACCAACAAGUGCCUUAAAACAUUUGAAGUACAAGAGGACAACACUGCCGAGAACAUCACCAGAGCGAUGUAUGAAGCCUUUGUUGAGUGGGGUAUAACUCACAAAGUCAGCGGCGCCACCACAAAUGGCUCGGUGGACAUCGUCAAAGCGUGCUCGCUCUUGGAGCUGUCGGUGGAAAUGCCUUGCCUCGGGCACACCAUCAACCGUGCAAUGGACGAAGCCUUCCAGCUGCCACGAGUUGACAGCUUCCUGGGAUGUUGCCGCAAGCUUGUCGAUCACUUCAGAGAACCGGCGAUGUAUAUGCUGAGAGAAAAACAGAAGCAACAUGGCCUCGCUCAGUGCGCACUGAUCACAGAUCGCGGUCGGACUUGGUUGGCCACGCUGGCAAUGCUACAAAGACUGAAAGAGCAACAGGCUGCUGUGACUUCAACAUACAUGGAGAGUUCCAGCAGCCAUCAUUUCAGCUCUGAUGGCCCUAACUGGGCCUUGUUGGAGGCCUUGAUUGAAGUCCUCCAGCCUUUUAAAGUUGUGGCAAACAUGAUCACUUCUUGCAGGUAUCCAACCAUUAGCAUGGUGAGACCUGUGCUUCAUAUGCUGUUGAACACCACCCUCAAAGUCAAGGAAGGGGACCUCAAAGAGAUCAGCAUGACCAAAGAGGUAAUCUCCAAGGUCCUGUCAAGCACCUAUUCGCAGAAUUCACAACUAUCUCAAGAGAUCUCAGCUUUCCUCAACAUUGCUACAUUCUUGGAUCCUCGGUAUAAAAAGCUGCCCUUCCUGUCCACUCAGGAGCGUUCCAAAGUUGAGAGUAACAUCAUCGAGGAGGCCAAAGCAAUCCUGGAGAAGCAGAUGUCAGAGCGGUCAUGUGACGAUUUCUCCCUAGUUUCUGAUGAGCCACCUAGCAAAAAGCCAGCACCUCUGAGAGAAUCUUCUGCAGGCAGCGCAACCCAAGACAAUCCUCUGGCUGCCAUAUUUUGUCAGUCCGAUGCAGACCAGAGCCAGGAGGAGCUGCAUGCUCAGGUGGUGGAGGAGCUGAGCAACUACAAGUCACAGAGGGUUCUGGGUCUGAAUGAAGACCCUUUGCUUUGGUGGUCGAGUCAUGCGCCUUUGUUCCCCACUCUUCCCAAAGUGCUUCAGAAGUACUGGUGUGUUCCUGCCACCAGUGUUCCUUGCCACAGGUUGUUCAGCUCUUCAGGUGCUGUUCUGUGUGGGAAAAGGAACCGCAUAGCUCCAGCUCUGGUGGAUCAACAGGUCUUCCUGUAUGAGAACUCACGGAGCUACUUCGAAUCUGAACCCUGUGAGGAUGAUGUGGACAAUCCUUGGGAAGGCCACUGUGCUCUCGGACGGCCACUGGAGUGACUGUGUUGAAAGAACUUUGCUGACUUCAUUGCCUGUAUGCAGUGUGCUUCAUAUACCAGACAUGCUGAAGCAUUAAAAAACAAAAUCUGUAGAAUGAAAAUACAAUAGACUCACUCUUUUAUUUUUCGUGGUAUUUCCAUAUGGAACAGUUUGGCUUUUAAAAAAUCCUGCAAUAUUUUACAGAAAUUUCAAAAUGGAAAGAAUGUAUUUAAGCUGUCAAUCAGCUAUAUGAAGAAUUCUUUUCUUUUCUUUUUUAUUUUACUGGGUUUUUUUGUUUUUCAAAGUUAUUGAAUGACUGUGGUUAAAAUCACAUUUCUUAGUCAUUUAGUUUUAACUAAAUUCAACAAACAAAACAUUCUUUGCAGAAAUUGUGUAUCCAAAACCAACUGUAUUAUUCUAAUAAUAAUACUCAUAUUGGAUCAGACUGAUGGGAUAUUCCAAACAAAAAGACUUACAGUCUUUUACAUGAUAAGAUUGUGUGUUGGCUUCACUAUCAGAGUGUGCAUAACAGGUAAAUAUCAUACACCUCCUUUGUGAGCCCACUUUAUACGAGUUUUUUUCUUCAUUCAGGCUACAUGAUUUGUCUUUUUAAGGUUUCUUUAGGAUGUAUAUUGUAAAUACAUGUCUAUAUAUUGCACUGACAGUGGAUAAAAUUAAACAUGUUGUAAAAGAAGUGUAUAAAAGUAAAGAUCAGCACUUGCCUGGUUGUUUUAUGUC